AUGAGUAACAAUAUUAGAUUCCCAACAAAGGAUGAGAUCAUUGCCAAGGUUGAUACGAUGCAAGCAGAGGCUGUAGAAAAGUUAAAGCAAUUGGUAUCGUUCGACUCGUUACUUGGCAAUGAACAGGAUGCACAGAUCUUUAUGCAAGAGAUAUUCAACUCUUUGUCAUUGAACGUAGAGCGUUUCCCAAUCGUAUUGGAUGACAUUAAGGAUUUACCAGGCUUCUCACCGGUCAACUGGUCCUACGAUGGAAAGGAUAAUGUUGUGGCUCAACACACUCCACCUGUAGUCGCAUCGGACAUGCUAUCAAAGGGAUCACAGGGCAAGUCUCUCAUCUUUAAUGGCCACAUUGAUGUGGUGCCCACAGGACGUGAGACAUUGUGGUCAAAGCAUCCAUUCUCACCCUAUGUCAAGGAUGGCCGACUGUAUGGUCGUGGCUCUGGUGAUAUGAAGGCUGGUGUGAUGGCCUUUGUCAUUGCCUACAAAGCAUUGAAGGAGUUGGGCUUUGUACCAUCGGCCAAGGUCAUAUUCCAGACGGUGGUCGAGGAGGAGUGCACAGGAAAUGGUACACUGGCAUGUUUGGCACGUGGAUAUCGUGCUGAUGCCGCCAUCAUCCCAGAACCAUUCCCAUUCCUUGUCACUGGUCAGGUUGGUGUUGUCUGGUGCAACGUUACCGUUCAAGGUAAACCAGCUCAUACAUUGGAGAUGGAGACUGGUAUCAAUGCCAUUGAUGCUGCAAUGUAUCUAGUUUCUGCAAUACGUGAUCUUGAGAAAUCAUGGAAUGUAAAGGAGAAAUGUCAUCCAUUGUUUAAACAAUUCCCUCAUCCACUUGGAUUUAAUCUUGGACAGAUUCAAGGUGGAGAAUGGACAUCAUCAGUGCCAAGUGAGUGUUCAUUCGAUCUUAGAGCGGGAUUCUUCCCAGGAACACCAUUGGAGACCGUUCGCAAUUCAAUCACUCAAGCCAUUGAUGAAGCUGCCAAACUAAAGAAGAUCACCUAUCAAAUCCAAUGGAAUGGUUUCCAAGCUGAAGGUUCAACAAUGGAUGUCAACGGUGAUCUAAUGAAGCAAUUGGGAUCAUCAUAUAAGGAUGUUAUGGGUAAAGAAGUACCACAACAACCAAUCCUAUGUACAACAGACUGUCGUUUCUUUGAUCUCUAUUAUAAUAUUCCAAGUGCAUGCUUUGGUCCAGAGUCCACUCACAUUCAUGGUAUUGAUGAGAGUGUUAGUCUUGAGAGCUAUCGGGACAUCACUAGAGUACUAGCAUGUUUCAUUGCAGAGUGGUGUGGUCUACAACCAUCAUCGUCAGCCUAA